AUGGGGCUGCCACUAGCUCGCCUGGUGGCUGUGUGCCUAGUCCUGGCCUUAGCCAGGGGCUUGGAGCUCCAGAAAGAAGCCAUAUCCCGAAACCACGUCUGCAGCACCUGGGGCAACUUCCACUACAAAACCUUUGACGGUGAUGUCUUCCGAUUCCCUGGCCUCUGUGAUUACAACUUUGCCUCCGACUGCCGAGACUCCUACAAGGAAUUUGCUGUGCAUCUGAAGCGGGGCUUGGGCCAGGCUGGGGGUCACCCCCAGAUAGAGUCCAUCAUCAUUACCAUUAAGGACGACACCAUCUACCUCACCCACAAGCUGGCAGUGGUGAACGGGGCCAUGGUCAGCACCCCACACUACAGCUCCGGACUCCUCAUUGAGAAGAACGAUGCAUACACCAAGGUCUAUUCCCGUGCUGGCCUCUCCCUCAUGUGGAACCGUGAAGAUGCACUCAUGCUAGAACUAGACAGCCGGUUCCAGAACCACACCUGUGGUCUCUGUGGGGACUUCAAUGGCAUGCAGACCUAUUAUGAAUUCCUCAAAGAAGGCAUACACUACAAUGCCAUUGAAUUUGGGAACAUGCAGAAGAUCAACAAGCCUGAGGAUAAAUGUGAGGACCCAGAGGUGGUGCAAGAUCCAGAGUCUUGCUCUGAGCAUCGAGCCGAGUGUGAGAGGCUGCUGACCGCCACAGCCUUCGAGGACUGCCAGGCCCGGGUGCCUGUGGAGUUGUAUGUGCGCGCCUGCAUGCAGGACCGGUGCGCAUGUCCUCAGGAUGGCGCCUGCGAGUGCAGCACCCUUGCUGAGUUCUCCCGCCAGUGCUCCCACGCAGGCGGCCGGCCUGAGAACUGGAGGACUGCCUCACUCUGCCCCAAGAAAUGCCCUGGUAACAUGGUAUACCUGGAGAGCAGCUCGCCUUGCAUAGACACCUGCUCACAUCUGGAGGUCAGCAGUUUGUGUGAGGAACACUACAUGGAUGGCUGCUUCUGCCCAGAAGGCACUGUGUAUGAUGACAUCACGGGCAGGGGCUGCAUCCCCGUGAGCCAGUGCCACUGCAAGCUGCACGGGCACCUCUAUCUGCCAGGCCAGGAGAUUACCAAUAACUGUGAGCAGUGUGUCUGCAAGGCUGGUAGCUGGUCGUGUACCGAAUGGGAAUGCCCUCAGACCUGUGCCCUAGAAGGUGGCUCCCACAUCACCAGCUUUGAUGGAAAAAAGUUUACCUUUCAUGGGGACUGCUACUAUGUCUUGACCAAGGGCCAGCACAAUGAUUCCUAUGCCCUCCUGGGUGAGCUGGCCCCCUGCGGCUCCACAGACAAGCAGACCUGCCUGAAAACUGUCCUGCUACUGACUGACAACAAGAAGAAUGUGGUGGCCUUCAAAUCAGGUGGCAGUGUGUUACUCAAUGACCUGGAGGUGACCCUGCCCCAUGUGGCAGCAAGCUUCUCCAUCUAUCAGCCCUCUUCCUACCACAUUGUUGUGAACACGGUGUUCGGGCUGCGGCUACAGGUUCAACUGGUCCCAGUCAUGCAGCUUUUUGUGACUCUGGACCAGUCUGCCAAGGGACAGGUGCAGGGUCUCUGUGGAAACUUCAACGGCCAGGAAAAUGAUGAUUUUAUGACAUCUGGUGGGCUGGUGGAGGCCACGGGUGCCGGCUUCGCCAAUACCUGGAAGGCCCAGUCAAGCUGCCAUGACAAGUUAGACUGGUUAGAUGACCCCUGUUCCCUCAACAUUGAGAGCGCCAAUUAUGCCGAGCACUGGUGUUCCCUACUGAAGAGGUCAGAGACCCCUUUUGCCAGGUGCCACCUGACUGUGGAUCCCACUGACUACUACAAGAGGUGCAAAUAUGACACGUGCAACUGUCAGAACAAUGAGGACUGCAUGUGCGCAGCUCUGUCUUCCUAUGCCCACGCCUGUGCUGCCAAGGGGGUCAUGCUGUGGGGCUGGCGCGAGCGCGUCUGCAACAAAGAUGUGCACGCUUGCCCCAGCUCACAGAUCUUCCUGUACAACCUGACCACUUGCCAGCAGACCUGCCGCUCCCUCUCAGAGGGUGACGCUCACUGCCUCAAGGGAUUUGCACCUGUGGAAGGCUGUGGCUGCCCUGACCAUACCUUCAUGGAUGAGAAAGGCCGCUGUGUGCCCUUGGCUCAGUGCUCCUGCUACCACUUUGGUCUUUACCUGGAGGCAGGAGAUGUGAUCCUGAGGCAAGGGGAGCGCUGCACUUGCCGGAACGGGAGGCUGCAAUGCACCCAGGUCAAACUGCUUGGCCACACCUGUAAGCACCCCAAAAUCCUUGUGGAUUGCAACAAUUUGACUGCUCUGGCCACCCGGAAACCCCGCCCCACUAGUUGCCAGACACUGGUGGCUGGCUAUUACCAUACAGAAUGUAUCAGCGGCUGUGUGUGUCCCGAUGGGAAGCUGGACGAUGGCCGUGGUACAUGUGUGGAGGAGGAGGAGUGUCCUUGCAUCCACAACACAGACCUGUACAAUCCCGGGGACCAGAUCAAACUGGACUGUAACAACACCUGUACUUGCCAAAAAGGACGCUGGGAAUGCACCCGCUAUGCAUGCCACAGCACCUGCUCCAUCUAUGGGAGUGGCCACUACAUCACCUUCGAUGGGAAGCACUAUGACUUUGACGGACACUGCUCCUAUGUGGCUGUCCAGGACUACUGUGGUCAGAACUCUACUGGCUCCUUCAGCAUUAUCACUGAGAAUGUCCCCUGCGGCACCACAGGCGUUACCUGCUCCAAGGCCAUAAAGAUAUUUAUAGGGGGGACAGAGCUGAAGCUGAUAGAUAAACACCGUGUGGUAAGGCAGUUGAGAGAGAGGCACCAUGUGCCCUACAUCACACGGGAAGUGGGCCUGUACCUGGUAGUGGAGGCCAGCCCUGGUAUUAUUGUUAUCUGGGACAAGAGGACCACCAUCUUCAUCAAGCUGGCUCCUUCUUACAAGGGCACUGUAUGCGGUCUGUGUGGGAACUUUGAUGACCAGACCAAGAAUGACUUCACCACUCGGGACCGCAUGGUGGUGACCAGUGAGCUGGACUUUGGAAAUAGCUGGAAGGAAGUUCCCACGUGCCCAGAUGUGAACCACACCCCAGACCCCUGCACCCUAAACCCACACCGUCGCUCCUGGGCAGAGAAGCAGUGCAGCAUUAUCAAGAGUGAUGUAUUCAAAGGGUGUCACAGCAAGGUGGACCCCACUGUCUUCUAUGAGGCCUGUGUGCAUGACUCCUGCUCCUGCGACACGGGUGGUGACUGUGAGUGUUUCUGUUCCGCUGUGGCCUCCUAUGCUCAAGAAUGCACCAAGGCAGAGGCCUGCGUGUUCUGGAGGAGGCCGGACCUAUGCCCUGUAUUCUGUGAUUACUACAACCUCCCAAAUGAGUGUACAUGGCACUAUGAACCAUGUGGGAACCGAAGCUUUGAGACCUGCAGGACCAUCAAUGGCAUCCACUCCAACAUCUCUGUGUUCUACCUGGAGGGUUGCUACCCUCGGUGCCCUGAGGACAAGCCCAUAUAUGAUGAGGACGGAAAGAGAUGUGUCACUCAGGACCAGUGUGGCUGCUAUAAGGAUGGCAUUCAUUAUCCACCCAAUUCAUCUAUUCCCACUGAGGAUAUCUGCGAGUCUUGUAUGUGCACCAACACUUCAAACAUCAACUGCAGCAUAGAUGUAGGAAAGAUUGUUAACAAGACCCAGGAUGGUAUCUUCUGCUACUGGGAGUACUGCGACUCCAAUGGGACAAUAAAACCACACUUCAAUAUAUGUGGAUCCUCCACACCACCUCCAUCCACCCUGACAAGCUUCACCACAAUCUCUACCCCUAUUACCAUCUCCACCACCACUACAACAACGGCCACUUCCACUACUGCCACUGCCACCACCACAGGCACGAUAACUAGCACUGAAGUACCAUGCUGCUGGACUGAUUGGAUCAACAACAACCAUCCUAGUGCUGGCAGUGGUGGUGGUGAGCGAGAGACCUUUGACAGCAUCUGUAGUGCUCCUGUGGACAUUGAGUGCAGGUCAGCCACAGACCCCACACUCAGCUUGGAGGAUCUGGACCAGAAGGUACAGUGUAAUGUCUCAUUUGGGCUCAUUUGCAAAAACGAAGACCAGUUUGGAAACGGACUAUUUGAACUUUGUUAUGACUAUGAGAUACGAGUCAAGUGUUGCUCUCCAGAGGUGAACUGUUCUAUUUUAAUAACCUCACCCACAACUUCACCAAGAACCUCACCCACAAUUUCACCAACAGCCUCACCUAUCACUUCACCAACAACUCCACCUACCACUUCAACAGUUUCACAAACUACUCCAGCUACCACUUCACCAACAACCUCACCCACAACUUCACCAACUCCAGCUACUUCUUCACCAACAACCUCACCUACCACUUCACCAACAACCUCACCUACCACUUCACCAACAACUCCACCUACCACUUCAACAGUUUCACAAACUACUCCAGCUACCACUUCACCAACAACCUCACCCACAACUUCACCAACAACUCCAGCUACUUCUUCACCAACAACCUCACCUACCACUUCACCAACAACCUCACCUACCACUUCACCAACAACUCCACCUACCACUUCAACAGUUUCACAAACGACUCCGGCUACCACUUCACCAACAACCUUGCCUACCACCACAUCAAUCAUUUCACCAACCACUACACCAACCAUUUCAUCUAGUGCUACACCAGUGACUUCAUUUACCACUUCACAGACAUCUUCACCAACCACCUCUGUUACAACUUCACCAACCCCUUCACUAGGCACCUCAACUGCCACAUCACCAAGCACCUCACCAACCAUUUCAUCAACCUUGUCUACCCUGUCCUCCACCACCACCACCACCACCACCACCACCACCACCACCACCACCACCACCACCACCCCAACACCCACUCCCCCAACCCAGACCAUCACAGUUCCUACAACCCCAACACCUACCACCACAGGAACGUCAACUCAAAUAUCUACUACUACACAGACCACAACAACAACAAUUGUUACAGAGACCUCCACUCCAACAUCUACCACAACUGAGACACCAACCCCAACCCCAACAACCACAGUUCCUACAACCCCAACAGCUCCUACCACAGGAACGUCAACAACAAUAUCAACUACCACACAGACUACAACACCAACAAUUGUGACAGAGACCUCCACUCCAACAUCUACCACCACAGAGACACCAACCCCAACUCUGACCAUCACAGUUCCUACAACCCCAACACCUACCACCACAGGAACGUCAACUCCAAUAUCUACUUCUACACAAACCACUACAACAACCACUAGCUCAGGUCACUCUACUCCAACAUCUACCACCACAGAGACACCAACCCCAACUCUGACAACUACAGUUCCUACAACCCCAACAUCUACCAAAACAGAAACCUCAACUCCAAUUUCUACUACCACACAGACUACAACACCAACAAUUAUUAUAGAGACCUCCACUCCAAGAUCUACCACUCCAGAGACAUCAAACCCAACAGUGACGACCACAGUUCCUACAAGCCCAACACCUACCCCCACAGGAACGUCCACUCCAAUAUCUACUACUACACAGACCACAACACCAACAAUUGUUACAGAGACCUCCACUCCAAAAUCUACCACCACAGAGACACCAACCCCAACCCCGACCACCACAGUUCCUACAACCCCAACAGCUCCAACCACAGGAACGUCAACUCCAAUAUCUACUACCACACAGACCACAACACCAACAAUUGUUACAGAGACCUCCACUCCAACAUCUACCACCACAGAGACACCAACCCCAACUCUGACAACCACAGUUCCUACAACCCCAACACCUACCAUCAUAGAAACCUCAACUCCAAUAUCUACUUCUACACAAACCACUACAACAACCACUAGCUCAGGUCACUCUACUCCAACAUCUACCACCACAGAGACACCAACCCCAACUCUGACAACCACAGUUUCUACAACCCCAACACCCACUACCAUAGAAACCUCAACUCCAAUUUCUACUGCCACAAACACAACACCAACCCCUAGUCCAAGUCCCUCCACUCCAACAUCUACCACCACAGAGACAACAACCCCAACAACACCAAGUCAAACGUCCACUAUCACAGUGACUCCAACUCUGACACCUAAUACCACAGAAACCACAACUCCAAUAUCUACUACCACACAGACCACAACACCAACAAUUGUUACAGAAACCUCCACUCCAACAUCUACCACCACAGAGACACCAACACCAACUCUGAUCUCCACAGUUCCUACAACCCCAACACCUACCAAAAUAGAAACCACAACUCCAAUAUCUACUUCUACACAAACCAAAACAACCACUAGCAGUACAACACCAACAAUUGUUACAGAGACCUCCACUCCAACAUCUACCACCACAGAGAUACCAACCCCAACCCCAACCACCACAGUUCCUACAACCCCAACAGCUCCAACCACAGGAACGUCAACUCCUAUAUCUACUACCACACAGAACACAACACCAACAAUUGUGACAGAGACCUCCACUCCAACAUCUACCACCACAGAGACACCAACCCCAACUCUGACAACUACAGUUCCUACAACCCCAACAACUUCAAAAACAGAAACCUCAACUCCAAUUUCUACUACCACACAGACUACAACACCAACAAUUAUUAUAGAGACCUCCACUCCAAGAUCUACCACCCCAGAGAAAUCAAACCCAACAGUGACGACCACAGUUCCUACAAGCCCAACACCUACUACCACAGAAACCUCAACUCCAAUAUCUACUACCACACACACCACAACACCAAGACCUACUCCAAGUAUCUCUACUCCAACAUCUACACCCACAGAGACAACAACUCCAACUCUGACCACCACAAUUCCUACAAGCCCAACACCUACUACCACAGAAACCUCAACUCCAAUAUCUACUACCACACAGACCACAACACCCACAAUUGUUAUGGAGACCUCCACUCCAACAUCUACCACCACAGAGACACCAAACCCAACACUGACUACCACAGUUCCUACAACCCCAACACCUACCACCACAGGAACGUCAACUCCAAUAUCUACUACCACACAGACCACAACACCAACAAUUGUUACAGAGACCUCCACUCCAACAUCUACCACCACAGAGACACCAACCCCAACUCUGACAACCACAGUUCCUACAACCCCAACAACUACCAAAACAGAAACCUCAACUCCAAUUUCUACUACCACACAGACUACAACACCAACAAUUAUUAUAGAGACCUCCACUCCAAGAUCUACAACCACAGAGACACCAACCCCAACACUGACCACCACAGUUCCUACAAGCCCAACACCUACUACCACAGAAACCUCAACUCCAAUAUCUACUACCACAAGGACCACAACACCAACACCUAGUCCAAAAACCUCAACUCCAAUAUCUACUACCACACAGACCACAACACCAAGACCAAAUCCAAGUAUCUCUACUCCAACAACUACUCCCACAGAGACAACAACCCCAACUGUGACUACUACAGUGACUCCAACCCCAACACCUACCAUCAUUGAAACCUCAACUCCAAUAUCUACUUCUACACAAACCACUACAACAACCACUAGCCCAAGUCCCUCUACUCCAACAUCUCCCACCACAGAGACAUCAAGUCAAACUUCCACUAUCACAGUGACUCCAACUCCGACACCUACUACCACAGAAACCUCAACUCCAAUAUCUACUACCAAACAGACAACACCAACAAUUGUUAGGGAGACGUCCACUCCAACAUCUACCACCACAGAGACACCAACCCCAACCCCGACCACCACAGGUCCUACAAGCCCAACAGCUACCACCACAGGAACUUCAACUCCAAUAUCUACUACCACACAGACCAUAACACCAACAAUUGUGACAGAGACCUCCACUCCAACAUCUACCACCACAGAGACACCAACCCCAACUCUGACAACCACAGUUCCUACAACCCCAACACCUACCAAAACAGAAACCUCAACUCCAAUUUCUACUACCACACAGACUACAACACCAACAAUUAUUAUAGAGACCUCCACUCCAACAUCUACCACACCAGGGACAUCAAACCCAACACUGACUACCACAGUUCCUACAAGCCCAACACCUAACAUCAUAGAAACCUCAACUACAAUAUCUACUUCUACACCAACCACUACAACAACCACUAGCCCAGUUCCCUCUACUCCAACAUCUCCCACCACAGAGACAUCAAGUCAAACGUCCACUAUCACAGUGACUCCAACUCUGACACCUACUACCACAGAAACCUCAACUCCAAUAUCUACUACCACACAGACAACAACACCAACAAUUGUUACAGAGACCUCCACUCCAACAUCUACCACCACAGAGACACCAACCCCAACCUUGACCACCACAGUUCCUACAAGCCCAACAGCUACCACCACAGGAACUUCAACUCCAAUAUCUACUACCACACAGACCACAACACCAACAAUUGUUACAGAGACCUCCACUCCAACAUCUACCACCACAGAGACACCAACCCCAACCCCGACCACCACAGUUCCUACAACCCCAACAGCUCCAACCACAGGAACAUCAACUCCAAUAUCUACUACCACACAGACCACAACACUAACAAUUGUUACAGAGACCUCCACUCCAACAUCUACCACCACAGAGACACCAACCCCAACUCUGACAACCACAGUUCCUACAACCCCAACACCUACCAUCAUAGAAACCUCAACUCCAAUAUCUACUUCUACACAAACCACUACAACAACCACUAGCUCAGGUCACUCUACUCCAACAUCUACCACCACAGAGACACCAACCCCAACUCUGACAACCACAGUUCCUACAACCCCAACAUCUACCAAAACAGAAACCUCAACUCCAAUUUCUACUACCACACAGACUACAACACCCACUCCAACAUCUACCACCACAGAGACACCAACCCCAACCCCAACCACUACAGUUCCUACAAGCCCAACAGCUACCACCACAGGAACUUCAAUUCCAAUAUCUACUACCACACAGACCACAACACCAACAAUUGUGACAGAGACCUCCACUCCAACAUCUACCACCACAGAGACACCAACCCCAACUCUGACAACCACAGUUCCUACAACCCCAACAACUACCAAAACAGAAACCUCAACUCCAAUUUCUACUACCACACAGACUACAACACCAACAAUUAUUAUAGAGACCUCCACUCCAAGAUCUACAACCACAGAGAAACCAACCCCAACACUGACUACCACAGUUCCUACAAGCUCAACACCUACUACCACAGAAACCUCAACUCCAAUAUCUACUACCACACAGAGCACAACACCAAGACCAAAUCCAAGUAUCUCUACUCCAACAACUACUCCCACAGAGACAACAACCCCAACUGUGACUACUACAGUGACUCCAACCCCAACACCUACCAUCAUUGAAACCUCAACUCCAAUAUCUACUUCUACACAAACCACUACAACAACCACUAGCCCAGGUCCCUCUACUCCAACAUCUCCCACCACAGAGACAUCAAGUCAAACUUCCACUAUCACAGUGACUCCAACUCCGACACCUACUACCACAGAAACCUCAACUCCAAUAUCUACUACCAAACAGACAACACCAACAAUUGUUAGGGAGACGUCCACUCCAACAUCUACCACCACAGAGACACCAACCCCAACCCCGACCACCACAGGUCCUACAAGCCCAACAGCUACCACCACAGGAACUUCAACUCCAAUAUCUACUACCACACAGACCACAACACCAACAAUUGUGACAGAGACCUCCACUCCAACAUCUACCACCACAGAGACACCAACCCCAACUCUGACAACCACAGUUCCUACAACCCCAACACCUACCAAAACAGAAACCUCAACUCCAAUUUCUACUACCACACAGACUACAACACCAACAAUUAUUAUAGAGACCUCUACUCCAAGAUCUACCACCCCAGAGACAUCAAACCCAACACUAACAACCACAGUUCCUACAACCCCAACACCUACCAAAACAGAAACCUCAACUCCAAUUUCUACUACCACACAGACUACAACACCAACAAUUAUUAUAGAGACCUCCACUCCAAGAUCUACCACCCCAGAGACAUCAAACCCAACACUAACAACCACAGUUCCUACAAGCCCAACACCUACCAUCAUAGAAACCUCAACUUCAAAAUCUACUACCACACAGACCACAACACCAACACCUAGUCCAAGUCCUUCUAUUCCAACGUCUACCACCACAGAGACACCAACCCCAACCUUGACCACCACAGUUCCUACAACCCCAACACCUACCAAAAUAGAAACCUCAACUCCAAUAUCUACUACCACACAGACAACAACACCAACAAUUGUUACAGAGACCUCCACUCCAAGAUCUACCACCCCAGAGACACGAACCCCAACACUGACUCCAACAAUUCCUACAAGCCCAAUACCUACUACCACAGAAACCUCAACUCCAAUAUCUACUACCACACAGACCACAACACCAAUACCUACUCCAAGUAUCUCUACUCCAACAUCUACAUCCACAGAGACACCAACCCAAACAAUGACCACCACAGUUACUACUACCCCAACACCUACCAUUACAGGAACAUCAACUCCAAUAUCUACUACCACACAGACCACAACACCAACACCUACUGGUCCAAGUCCCUCCAUUCCAACAUCUACCAUCACAGAGACACCAACUGCAACUCUGACUACUACAGUGACUCCAACCCCAACACCUACCAUCAUUGAAACCUCAACUCCAAUAUCUACUUCUACACAAACCACUACAACAACCACUAGCCCAGGUCCCUCUACUCCAACAUCUCGCACCACAGAGACACCAAGUCAAACGUCCACUAUCACAGUGACUCCAACUCCGACACCUACUACCACAGAAACCUCAACUCCAAUAUCUACUACCAAACAGACAACACCAACAAUUGUUAGGGAGACGUCCACUCCAACAUCUACCACUACAGAGACACCAACCCCAACCCCGACCACCACAGUUCCUACAAGCCCAACAGCUACCACCACAGGAACUUCAACUCCAAUAUCUACUACCACACAGACCACAACACCAACAAUUGUGACAGAGACCUCCACUCCAACAUCUACCACCACAGAGACACCAACCCCAACUCUGACAACCACAGUUCCUACAACCCCAACACCUACCAAAACAGCAACCUCAACUCCAAUUUCUACUACCACACAGACUACAACACCAACAAUUAUUAUAGAGACCUCCACUCCAAGAUCUACCACCCCAGAGACAGAGUUACCAACCCCAACUCUGACUACCACAGUUCCUACAAGUCCAACACCUACUACCACAGAAACCUCAACUCCAACAAGCCCAGUCCCCACCACCACCCAAACUCCUCCCAAAUCUCCAACGAAACCGUCAACACCUGUGAGCAGUGUGUUCCCCUCUUCCCCACCCACGGAGUCCAUCAUCAUUUCUAGUACCCCUGCAACCACCAUAGUAACGUCUAGCACGGCAUCGUCACCUGGAACAACACCAUCCAUCACUUCAUCAGCGUUACCUCCAGGACCAACACGGGGACCCUCCACCACUGUUUCCGGCACAUCUACUUCCUCAAGGACCACAACAGUAACAACUUCACCCACCACAAGACCACCCUCCAUAUCCACCCCUACAUCCUUCACUGUGCCAGUAUCCACCAUGGAAACCACUACCCAGACAAGGCUCUCAUCAACCACACCAACUACUUUGGAGACCACCAGGACCACUUCUUGGGGGACAGUCUCCUCAGCCUCCCCAAUCACCUCUCCCAUCACUGACUGGACCAGUGUUGACACCUUGGUUACCUGCUGUGUUUUGGAUGACAUGUACUACGGCAAAGGUGAACUGGUCUACAACAAAACCUAUGGGGACACUUGUUAUUAUGUGUACUGCUCUGUGGACUGCACAAUCGAAUUCUUGAAUUCGUCCUGUCCAUCCACUCCCUCAACUUCUACACCAUCAACACCAACGUCCUCCCUGACGACCACACCCUCCACACCAUCUACCACAUCUUCAAAGCCUACAACCUCUACACCCUCCACACCAUCUACCACAUCUUCAAAGUCUUCAACCUCUACACCCUCCACAUCAUCCAAGUCAACACCCAGUAGUACAACAACCACAACCUCUCCCCCUGGGUGCCUCGACUUUGAUCCUCCUAGACAGGAGAAUGAGACCUGGUGGCUAUGUAACUGUACCAUGGCCAUUUGCAAGCAUGACAACGUAGUGGAGCUUGUGGAACGGAAGUGCGAACCCCCACCCAUGCCCACCUGUUCCAAUGGCCUGAAGCCUGUGCGUGUCAUUGACCCUGAUGGCUGCUGCUGGCACUGGGAGUGUGACUGCUACUGCACUGGCUGGGGGGACCCGCACUUUGUCACCUUUGAUGGGCUCUACUACAGUUACCAGGGUAACUGCUCCUAUGUGCUAAUGGAGGAGAUUACCCCCACGGUGGACAACUUUGGGGUCUACAUUGAUAACUACCAUUGUGAUGUCAGUGACGAGGUAUCCUGCCCCCGCACACUAAUUGUGCGUCAUGAGACCCAGGAAGUGCAGAUCAGGACUGUGCAAUUGAUGCCCAUUGUGGUGCAGGUACAGGUGAACAAGCAGGUAGUGGCUCUGCCCUACCAGAAGUUUGGGCUGCAGGUAUACGAAUCUGGCAUCAACUAUGUGGUGGACAUCCCCAGGCUGGAAGCUCAGAUCACCUACAAUGGUCUGUCUUUCUCCAUCCGGCUGCCCUACCACCUGUUUGGCAACAACACAAAGGGCCAGUGUGGUACCUGCACCAACAGCACGGAAGAUGACUGCAUCCUACCCAGCGGGGAGAUCAUCUCCGACUGUGAGAUUGCUGCUGAUGAGUGGUUGGUGAACGACCCCUCCAAGCCACACUGUCCCCACAGCAGCUUUACCACCAAGCGCCCAGCCAUCACGACAGCAGGGUUCUCGCCACCUGAGAAUUGCACUGUGUCUCCUAUCUGCGAGCUCAUCAAGGACAGCCUGUUCUCUGAAUGUCACCCCUUCGUGCCUCCCAAGCACUACUAUGAAGCCUGCCUGUUUGAUAGCUGCUUUGUGCCUAACUCUGGUUUGGAGUGUGCCAGUGUCCAGGCCUAUGCAGCCCUCUGUGCCAAGGAAGGUACCUGCGUUGACUGGCGGAACCAUACCCAGGGGGCCUGCUCUGUGAAGUGUCCAUCUCACCGGGAGUACAAGGCCUGUGGCCCCGCAGAAGAACCCACCUGCCAGUCCAGCUCCUUCCAGAAUUCCACAGUCUUGGUGGAAGGCUGCUUCUGUUCUGAAGGCACCACAAAGUUUUCCCCUGCCAUUGAUGUCUGUGUGAAGACUUGUGGCUGUGUGGGACCUGACAAUGUGCCCAGAGAGUUUGGAGAGCGCUUUGAGUUUGACUGCAAGGACUGUGUUUGCCUAGAGGGUGGAAAUGGCAUUGUCUGCACUCCAAAGAUAUGUGCUGGGGAUAACCAGACCACAUGCGAGGAGGAUGGCACCUACCUUGUCGAAGAGGUCGACCCAGCAGACACGUGCUGCAAUAUCACCUCAUGUAAGUGUGACCCCAAACUAUGCAAAGAGGAACGUCCCACUUGCUUGCUGGGAUUCGAAGUCAAGAGCAGCAGUGUGGAUGGAAAAUGCUGUCCAGUUUACUCCUGUGAACCCAAGGGUGUGUGUGUGCACGAGAAUGCUGAAUACCAGCCUGGAUCUCCAGUGUACUCCACCAAGUGCCAGGAAUGUGUAUGCACCAACUCUACGGACAACAUCACCCAGGUCAACUACAUCUCCUGUACGCAUGUGCCCUGCAACAGCUCCUGCAGCCCUGGUUUUGAGCCUGUGGAAGUCCCUGGGGAGUGCUGCAAGAAAUGUCAGCAGACUCACUGCAUCAUUGAGAGGCCAGACAAGCAGUAUGUCGUCCUGAAGCCGGGGGACAUACAGAAAAACCCCAACGACGAGUGUACCUUCUUCAGCUGCUUGAAAAUCCACAACCAGCUCAUCUCCUCUGUCUCCAACAUCACCUGCCCAGACUUCAACCCCGAUGAAUGUGUUCCAGGCUCCAUCACGUACAUGCCAAAUGGCUGCUGUAAGACCUGUAUCCCUAAAAACCACACCGCAGUCCCUUGCUCUCUCAUCCGUGUCAAGAAGGAGAUCUCCCACAAUGGCUGCACCAAGAAUGUCUCCAUGAACUACUGUUCGGGCUCCUGUGGGACUUUCGCCAUGUACUCUGCCCAGGUCCAGGAUCUGGAUCACAGGUGCUCUUGCUGCAAGGAGGAGAGGACCAGUGAGCGCCAGGUGACCCUGGAAUGUCCAGAUGGCAGCCAGCUGAGCCAUACCUACACGCACAUUGAGAGCUGUCUGUGCCAGGACACCGUCUGUGCGCUCCCCCAGGCACAGCAAGUCCGUGUCAGGCGUUCCAGUCCCCGACUUCUGGGAAGGAAGUGA